AUGGAAAAACGUUUGAGAAAAACCCUAACAAACUUAUUUGAUAAUUCUAUUAAACCAUACCCAUGCUCACAAAAUUUAUCUCCUCAAUUACCCGCAGAUUGUCUCGAGGAUAUUUUUAACUAUUUGUCGGAUGACACAAAUUCUUUAUUUUCUUGUCUAUUAGUUAACAAGUUAUGUUGUCAAAUUGUAAUUCGAAUUUUAUGGAGAAAUCCGUGGGACCUCGAUUUAAAACUUAAAUAUAAACGCGUAAAUUCUUGGACUCGAAUAACUAGAACGUUGAUAUCUCUUAUUUCUGAUACUUCUAGGCAAAGCUUGAAACGAAAUGGUGUCGAAAUUCAACCUUUGACUCAAUUAUCAUCCCCAAGAUGUAACUAUUUGGCGUUCUGUAAAUCCCUUUCGCUUAAAGGAAUUCAUAGAGUCAGAAGAGAAAUUCUUGACUUAAUUCCACUGAGUAAUAUUGAAAGAGCUCAUAAAGAAGAUCUUGUAGAAAAAGAAAUUUAUAAAUCAUUCCUUGAAAGAUGUUAUUCUCUUAAAUAUCUUCAACUUUUGGAUGUCCCACUUAUAGAUUGCCCUGGUGCUACUUCAAGUUUAUCAAAUCUUUAUGAAUUAGAAUGUAACGCUGAUAUUUCUUCAAAGACAUUUUUAGAACUUUCAAAAAUUUGUCAUCACAUUCAAAUAAUAAACAUUAAUCUAUGUGAUAAUGAUAAUAAAGGUUUAGCAACUUUAAUUAAAUCUCAAAAACAUUUAAAAGAAUUAAAAAUACAAAGUCCAUAUCGAGAUUUCAAAGUUCCUUUAAUCAGCAAUGCGAUUACCACCCUUUCGGGCUCAUUGAUUUGUAUCCGAUUAAUAAACAAUAUUUGUAUUUUACCACAAACACUUCAUUAUUUACCAAACAUAAAAGUAUUAGAAUUAGAUUUAACAGAAUCUCAAUCGUCUUACGAUUAUUUAAAAUCCGUGAAUUUACCAAAUCUCGAAAUCUUGGAUGUUAAAUUUGAUGAAGUUACACCUUUUUAUAUUUAUACAAAUCUAAUCUCAACUACGAAAAACUCUUUAAAAAAAAUAAAUAUUAAUCAUUGGUGUACCGUAUUGCCCGAAGAAAUUCAACCUUAUCUACAUUCUAUAAUUAAAAAUUGUAACAAAUCAUUACAAUAUGUCACAAUUUGGAGUUCUCGUCAUGUUAUUUUGGAUAUUAAACAAUUAUUGAUUUCUUGCGAUAGCUUAAAAACUAUCAUAUUUGAAUCAUUAAAUGAAAAUGAUGAUUAUAAUAAUGGAAAAGAAAUUUUAAGACUUUUGGGAAAAUUCGCAUCUCAUGAUUUAAUAGAGUUGAGAUUUAAUGGUAAAUGGAAUUUCGAUGUUAUGGAUUUACUUGAAUUUUUGGAAAUUUGGAAACAUAGAAAAACUUCAUUAUCAUUACGAUUUGAUAUUUACCCUUUCACACUUUCUCGAGAGUGUAUAAAUUUAAUCGAUAAGUAUCGUGAAAACGGUAUAUUAAAAAGUUUUUCUUGGUGUUAA